AUGUUCUGCAAAUGGCGUUCAGAUCGGUACACGGCGCUGCUACAAAUCAUUUCUGUAUUCGUCGCCCCCAUCUCAUCCAUCCUAAUCUCACGGUUCAUGCUGAACCUCCGACAUGUCUUCUAUCUGCAAUCCAUGGGAUGGAGCACGAGCGUGAUCGGCAACAUGGGCGAGCCACUCGAUCAUCACUGGUACUCUGACCCCUCAACGCAACCUCGAGUUCCUUCAGGGCGGCGACCAGUCCAGGCAUACAGCUGCAAGAACAUCAAACGCGACAAGAAGCUCUUCCGCCAGCUCGAGAGCGCAUACAACGACGAGGUCUCCAACUCGCCACCCGUACCGUCUUUCAUCGCGCUCGACGAGUCGACCGCGUUUGGGCCAAUGUCUGACCCCAACGCGCGCAAGACGUUCCACACCGUGAUCGCGAUGCUCAAUGUCGCCUACCCCGACCACGAGUUCUCAGACGUGAAGCCUAGCGACUUCCACCGGGAGGACCCCGCAGACGUGCUGAACUCACUCAGCACGGCGCUCCUCACCUACCGCGGCACCCACGCACCCCGGGCUUACUCCUCCUACCCACGCUCUGCACCUGGAAUGUUCCCCUCUUCGAUGCCGACGUCCUCGUCGCCCAUGGACUACAUGCGACAGAGCCCGAACGCACCUUCCAAGGCCGUCUCGGGCACGCACCCCUUCCUCUACCGCACAAUCGACGACGCAAUAGGCGUCGCCGAGUGCGAGGUCUACUCGUACGAACCAAGCAUGGUCGAGUUCGACCCGCAUGCCAACGACUACGACGACGACGAUGAUGACGUCGCCUCUGUGGCGAGGAGGACUCGGCAUCCUCCGAGGAAGAGCUGCUCUUCGACGCCGACCCUUAUGACGUCGAUGAGGCGGGCGGCCAGCCCUCGCACGGAUACCUGCGGAUGGGCGAAUGUCGCCCAGCAGUGGCGCACGACCUCCAGCGAGGAGUUCGUCUUCCGGAUACCCUCACCGACCCGCGUUCGCAUGCGGCGUCGCGGUCCUCUGCUGUGGAGCUGCCACUACUUCUUCUACAACAGGAAGCUCAAGCGUGUGCUGUUCAUUACCGUGUGGUCGCGUCGGCCGCGGAAUGCUCAGUGGUCAUCCGCAAACGAGGAGAUGGACGAGGAGGCUGAGUAUAUCUCGGGGGCGAGCGUUUCCUAG